AUGGCGCGCGCGGCAGCCCCCACACAAAUGAUCAUCCUCCCCAUCAAGGAGGAGAUCCAGAUCGACACGCCUUCCACACCAGCUGGUGCAGUCUGGUCGCAGAUACUAAACGUACUAGAAAAUUGGGCUGGCUUCCGCCGACUGUACUGGGGACGACACGUGGAAAAGCCGGACGAGGUCCAUCUACAUAUCGAAUGGCAGCAGCUCACAGCCAGUCUGACGGCGCUCGGCGUCCCGAGUGCCACGUCGCUAAUCGUGCGGCAUGCGAUGAUGUCCGAGUUCACACCGCAGCCUAAGAGCCUGGGCAACGGAGCGCCCGUCACGGGCACGGCCUUCUAUCUCACCCCUGACCCGGCCGGGUGGGAAGCAACGUGGGCGCUAUGGACGACGAUCGUGCGGGAGGUACCUGGAUGUCUCGGGGUCACCGGGGGAUGGAUGGUGGAGCCGAUGGAGGGAUCGUUGUGUUAUAUCGUGUAUGUGGGAUGGGAGAGCGUGGAAGUGCAUGACGCGUAUCAUCAUACGAACCACUUCCGUCAACGGGUGGUGAUUCUGCGGGAGCACAACCAAGGGUAUCGCGAGUAUGGGCACGUUGCAUUUAUGCACUCGCGUACUCGGCGUCCAGCCAAUUUGUAG